UCACGUUCUUGCGUGCCUAUCAUCACGUGCAUCGGAUACACACACACGGUGGAACUACUCAAAUCCCACUACAACCAUCUCUUUUGUAUUUCCUUGACACCCUCUCUCCACUACUUGCGACCCACAGUGAGUGACAGUGACUCUGCCAAUAAAAGUAAACAACAUCGCACCAUGAAAGCCUCGUGGAGACCCUCGACGGUUCCCCGUUGGUGUCUUCUCGCCGUGGCUUUGCAUGCCAUCGGUCUCGUCGAGAAUCGUUCGGUUUCGGCGUACAUUACAUCCUACGGAGCCGUACCGGCCAAGCGUCAAGAAGCUUGGUUGCAGGAGCUCACGGUGGACUUGAUCCGCAGCAAACCCGGUGAACUCACUGCCGACAAGGUGUCCCAAGGCCACGACAUUAUGUACGCCUGGUCUAACACGCGUACACCCCCACCGCAAUCUCCGCGCGUUUCGGCAUACGCUGCCCCUCUCGCCAUGGAAUCGCUCGUCAAACGACUCGUCGAAGAACGCAUGGCGGGGAACGACGUCGCCGACGUGACCACGGCCGACUACAACUGCGUGUUGGAAGGCUGGGCUCGAUCCGGAGCCGGCGUCUUUGCGGCCGAACGAGUGGAGCAAAUAUUACAGGCCAUGCAGGAUCAACCCAGUGAGACGCAGAAGCCCAAUCUCUCGAGUUUCAAAGCUGUGCUGAUGGCGUGGCGACAACAAGCUGGUUUGGAUUACGCGCCGUACCGUUCGCAGCGCAUACUGUCCUGGAUGGUGGAACUCUACCAGCAAGGACGGAACGACAAGGCCUUGCCCGAUGCGGAUUGUUUCGAUAUCGUGCUACAAACGUGGGGACGGUCCACUCACGAACAGGCUCCAAAGAAUGCGGAACAAGUACUAUUCGCCAUGGAACGCCUGUACGAAAGUACAAAGUUGGAACGGCUCAAGCCCCGGACGACCAGCUUCAACGCGGUACUGGCGGCUUGGUCCAAAUCGUCGCAACCACAGGCCGCCGAGCGCGCCUCGGAUGUACUGGCGUUUAUGGAGCGACUCGCCUAUCGCGAUGGCGAUUGGCAAGUCGCUCCAGACGCGGCGAGUUACGCCACGGUCAUGGGGGCUUUGGCCCGUCACGCAAGUCAAGCGAUUGCCGCACAAAAGGCGGACGAGAUUCUGCAACACGCCAUGGAAGGCUCCCAAUCGCUACCAGCCAAGCAGCAUCUGGUUCUCGAUGCCAUUUUGUUCAAUACUGCCAUGGGCUGCUGGGCGAAGGCCGGCGUCCCGGGUGCCUACCGUAAGGCGCGAGCUAUUCUGGAUCAGCAAAUCACUCUGUACGAGAGUACGGGAAACGAUGUAAGCAAACCGGACGUGUACGGUUACACAUCCGUGAUUGCCAGCUGCGCGGCCGAAAAGGAUCCUACCGAGAAGGCGAACGCCUUUCAGGUCGCUCUACAGACCUUUCAACAACUACCUCAGCACGACGAACCCAAUCACGUCACGUACGGCACCAUGCUCAAAGCGAUUGCCAAACUUUUACCACCCAAUUCCAAUUUGCGUCGUCAAUGGACUCGCCGAGUAUUUGAUCAGUGCUGCGACGCUGGCUGCGUGGGCGACAUGGUGAUCGCGCGAUUGCGAGAAGCCGCCAGUCCGGACGUGUUCAAGAGUCUCCUGCAGGGGCAUUCCAAAAAAUCUUUACCAUCCUCAUGGACCAGACGUGUGGAGGAAAAGAGCGACCCACGACGAAAGAAGACUUCCAAGCGCCCGGCGCAACAACACCAUCGACGCAAACGCGCCGAAGUCUAAGAGACGAACAAGCCCCCUUGGUGUGCUUCCAACAACCAAUUCA